UGCACAUCUAACCUGCUUUCAUGUUUGAAGACUAAUGUGUUGCUACUUGAGAUCGGUCAGGAGUCGCUGCGACACCUCUUGACGUGCGGCAGACCCCUGUCGACCCCGCGUGCCAAUUCCAGGCUUCUUGUUUAUCUCCCACUCUUUCCCCAUCUCCAACCUCUCUUAAGCUUCACCUCACGUUUCCUACUUUGUCUCUCUUCGAACCUCCUCCUUUCCCACAGGAGUCAUUAUUUCUUUUCCUUUGUAAACAGCCUGAGCGCGUUUACAGUCGCAAUGCCGUCCACUCACACUCCAGCUCGCACCCCAACCUACCCUCUGGCUCACUCCUUUCGCAAGAAGCCCAGGCGUCUUCCCUUGGUGCUACGCUUCUCCCGCGGUUCAAUCCACCACCUGCUUCUUGCACCUGUGAUUCUACACUCCCUCUUCACAGCCUUAAUCGUCUAUCUUGACACCUACAUCAUUACCUCCUUGGGCCUUCCAUCCACCAUCAUCCCUUCACUAUCCAUCGUUGUUGGUCUCAUGCUCGUAUUCCGAAACGGGACUUCUUACGACAGAUUCUGGACUGGAAGAAAUUGCUUAACCACCAUAGGCACGUGCGUGCGAAACAUUGCGAGAAUCGCCCUCGUAAAUUCCAAGAGCAAGGAUGGGGACUUGACCGAGGAAGAAAGGAGAGAUACGGAGAAGAUCUUGAGAGUGCUCGUCGCUAUUUUGUACGCCAUAAAGCAUAAUCUACGUGCAGAGUUCAAUAUUCCGCCUGCUAGCUUGGCCUCUCUGCCCCCACCUUCUUCGCCGUUUGGACAUAGCUCGCAGCCCGUGUCUAGAAGGCCGAGUUACGUCGAUCAUGAUAUGACUGACAGUCGAGCGUCUUGGCCACGAGAGGAUCUGGAUACGGAGCACGGCGUCGAAACAGCAAAGUCUGAAUACACGAGCCUACUGCCUGAGGGCCUCAUGGGAUAUGAAGACCAAGGUCUCGGUCUACCGUUGCAAUUGAGCGUUCUGGUAGAAGGUUAUGUUCGACGCGGCUUCGACAGAGGCUGGUUCCACGCUCCUCUAGCCUCCCAGAUGACCGUCCAGGUAAACUCGCUGGUCGACGCAUACGGACGUAUGGAAACUAUUCGCUCGACGCCCAUCCCCGUUGCCCACCUAAUCCACCAGAAACAAGUCCUAGCACUCUUCCUGAUAUUUCUGCCGCUUGGUGUUGUGGAUGAUUAUGGCUGGUACUCCAUCCCUAUCGUGGCUAUCGUUUCUUUCACACUGUACGGCAUCGAAGGUAUCGGUCAGCAGCUAGAAGACCCCUUUGGCUAUGACAAGAAUGACAUCAAAAUGGACGGUAUUAUCGAGGACGCCAGGAGAGAGAUCCAGGUCCUAUUGGAUGAGUGGUCGGCUAUGAGAGGGGGUUUGUCGGCGCGAGAAAGUGAGGGCAGAGGGUUGGGUGGGAUGUUUGAGUGA